UCACGGACGGCCGCCGCUAGCGAAACCCCGUUUCGAACGGCACGCACGCCGCCAACGGCCGCCGUUCGCUGCCCCCGAGGCACCCUCCACUCCUCGGCAAGACGACAACCGCCGCGCCGGGAGAGAGAAGACAAGCGCCCCCGCGAACCAACCCCCGCGCUGUCCUGCCACCGAUCAGGGAUUUGGUUCCUUCUCGCCUACAAACUUGCUGUUUCCAGGACUAUUGGGAGGAAUCGGCUGCUGGCUCCUUAUCGUUGAGGAUUCUUGAAGGAGGGUUGGUUCUUGGUUUCUUUCCGGGGGAAAUUCGCUCGAUGCGGCGCGAUGCCGGGCAGCCUCCGCUCGGCGUCCCCCGACGCUGGCGACAUUGACGCCGCCCUCGCCCUCGAGGAGAUCGCCGGCGGCGGCGCGGACUGCAUUGGUGCGCUCGCCUGCGGCCGCCGCCUCCCCGAGCCGCGCCUCCGCCUCACCGUCCGCAAGCUCGACGAUUCAUGCUUCGACGUUGAAAUCGCGAGGUCGGCCGCGGUGUGGGAGCUCAAGGCGGCCAUCGAGGACUUGUUCUUCGCCCUCUACGACGACGCCGAGAGGACCAUCUCUUGGCAGCACGUAUGGAGUCACUUCUGCUUAUGCUUCAAGGACGAGAAACUGACGGAUGACAAGGCAACAUUGCGUGCGUUUGGUAUAAGAGAUGGCGAUGAGCUUCAUUUUACCCAGCAUCUCUCUGUUGACUACAACCCAUGCAAGAGUCUUUCCAAAAACCACAAUGCAGCAUCUCACAGAAGGUCAACGACUUCAUUGGAUGAUUUCAGUUGCAGCCCAAGGACUUUGUUGGAUGAUCUCAACGAAGAUGAGGGUGAGAUGUUUACUGAUACCAGGCGUUCUACUAGUGUCUUAGAAGAUCUUUGUGUUUAUGAGUACAAUGAGGAGCGCAUGGAAGAAAGUCGCAAGAAAAGAAGUUUCUUUCGUGGUUGGUUCUACUAUUCUAGAUUGAGGAGUAGCAGGAGGACGCACGCAGAAGACACUGUGCCAUCAUCUUGUGAGAAGAAAAAUACUCAACCGAAACUGGGGAAGUGGUUGUCUUCAAAAAGUUUGAAGACACGGUGCAACUGAAGGCGAAAUUUAUGGUCUCUGUGAUAUAUGUCGCUUUAUCUCACUGAAAUGAAAUUCUGAAAUGAUGUCGAUUUUUACUCCAUUAACAUGCUUCUUCAUACGGUCAGCUGAAAAGCAGAUGACUUGAUUCGUUGCAAACUUAGAGAAGACUUUAGCCUAGGUGAUCUAAAGUUUAUUGUAUAUAUUUGUAUGCUCUGACUUAUUGAUCCUUUGAAAAAUUACUUUUUUGCGGUGCAAUGAGAGGAUUCAGCUAUGUAUGGAACACUUUGUUGCAUAAGAAACAACAAUUGACGCCUCAUGAAA